CGGACAACGGAUGUAAAACUGUACGUACGGGUACCAUAGAGCUAUUUAUAAAAUAAAAGAUAGCUCUAUAUGACACAACGCGAACGUGUGUGAGACAACAUUGUUAAACAUCAAUCAUCCACGUUGUAGGUUUGUGUUGGUUUUAAUUCAUGCUGAAGCUGAGUAGAUUGCUUACUUCGUGUAUGGGUACGUGUGUGACAAAGAUUAGCACAACAGGUCCAAAAGUUGUAACCAUGGCAGCAAAACCAACAGUUAUUUUUGUUCUAGGAGCGCCGGGCUCUGGCAAAGGAACGCAAAGUGCAAAUAUAGUACAGGACUUUGGGUUUGUCCACUUAUCGGCUGGUGAUCUCCUUCGAGCUGAGAGGUCGUCAGGGUCAAAAGAAAGUGCUCUUAUAGAAAGUUAUAUCAAAGAUGGCCGCAUCGUUCCUGUGGAAGUGACAGUUGCACUUUUAGAAAAGGCAAUGAAUAGUAGCGGAAAAAGCAAGUUUCUCAUCGAUGGCUUUCCACGAAAUGCAGACAAUCUUGAAGGAUGGGAGAAGCGAAUGGACGCCAAAACAGAUGUCAGAUUUGUGCUCUUUUUUGAAUGCUCAAAAGAUGUUUGUGUAGGAAGAUGUUUAGAGAGGGGAAAGACUAGCGGACGGGCAGACGACAAUGUAACGAGUUUAGAAAAAAGGUUUGUAACAUAUGUUGAUCAUACAAAGCCAAUUGUAGACAAGUAUGCUGAGAAGGGAAUGGUUCGGACAGUCAACGCUGACCCAUCUGUAGAUCAGGUCUUUGAAGUCGUCAAGAAACUUUUCAAGGAAGAAGGAUUUUAAGGAUCUGGAGAGACCUGUCAGGUUGCAGCAUAUCUCUUUAUUUUUAUAUCGUACUUUUUCAUCGGGAAGGAUUAAAUGGACCAUGCAGAGUGAGAAGGGUUUGGGGGCAGGGAAGGGUGUCGGGCAUCUUUGUUUCUGGGAUGUAAAAGGUAAUCAAACAGGUGUGUUUUGAGUUCACUUUAGAUUCAGGCCAAAUGCUGCGAGGGCACCAGGGCAUUUUUCUCCUUUGUAAAGGGCACGUCUAUGGCAAACCAAUCUUUCCAGUCAUCCGAAAUUUGAUAAUCACAAUGAUAAUGGAAACUUGUUCCUUAUUAUGUCGAUUGCAAACCACAAUAUCUCUCUGAUUGCAAGAUGCAAAUGUUGGCAACUCUGCUACUGGAAAAUUUCAAGGGGCAACGAGGCAAUGACCAGGGGCACCGGAGGCAAUGACCAGAGUUGCCCUCGUGAAGCAUCAUGGCCAACGGACACAAAAUAGGGUCGGUUAGCACAAAAUACGGCAGGUUAGCAUACGUUUUUGCGUGCUAACCUUCGUAAACGAAAAACGGCUCCUUACGGUCUCUAUGAAAUGGAAAUUUUGUCACGGGGCGCACCAUAAGCACAAAACGUGUGCUUAGCAGCACUUUGAAAUUGGGCCCAGGCCUGUAUAUUGACAACAGGAGAGUUGUGGACACCAACAGAACUUGGGUCCGGUGUUCUAGACCGCUCAUUCACGACACGUAAAAGGCUGACCGUGCAAGGGGCAAAUCGAAUUUGAAUCAUGUACACUGUAUAGACACAAAAGGCCGUUAGUGUACAAUUCCCAACCACUCUUAAAGGUAUUAUUAAUGAAUUAUGUGUUGAUUAUUUGUAACCUCUCCUGCCUUCUUCAUACCAGUUUAAAUUUCAAAUAGUGGAGUCCAUGAUAUCUUGAACAAACUGAGUAUAUUAGUAGUCCGGGCCCAAUUUCAUAAAGCUGCUUCAGCAAAAAUCUACUGCUUUAAAACAACUUGCUGCUAAGCGGAAAUGAGCAGGAUACCAGUCAUAAAUUGUACCAUAGAGUAAGUUACUCUAUGAUUGUACGCGUGACAAUUGUAUUUUGGUUGGUAACCUUAGUCUAGUAAGCAUGACUUCGAAAGUGGGCCCAGGUGGCUGGGAGUGUAAAAACAAAUUGCUCUUUGCUUGGAGUUAUCUUCUAACAAAGAUCAGCUGGAAACUGCCCAAUCUUAUAGUAUUUUGGUAGUUUGCAAGGACCUUUCUCACCAUGUAUGCUACUCUUACAUGUACAAUAAGUAGUUUUAUUAUUAAUUAAUUACGGUAUUUAAAUAAAAUUGUAUAGAAUGUUGUGUGAGAAUAAACCAUUUUGAAUACAAUAAAAGGUACUGAUUAUUUUUAAGAGUUGAAGGGGCUGUGUCGUCGUGAUCAAGGCAGGUCUGUGGCUUCACAUGGAAUUAUGAUCUUUAACCCAGUCACUGCCACUCACGCGCCCUUCCACCAUGUCAAAGCUAUGGAGAGUGUGGGCACCAGUGUAGGAACUUGAGAGUGCUUCGAUCAUAACAUACACAGCCCCUUUAAGAGUUCAUGUAUUUUUUAUUGUUUCUAUAUUUUUUAUUGUUUCUAUUUAGUCGGUAUAUGUAUUUUGUUUCAAGUAUUUUUUGUAGUUUCUAGUGGACAAUGAAAAAAAGUGGCCAAACAGAAGUUAUUAUUUUAAUAUUAUUAUAUUAAAAGAAUGUCAACAUAAUGAUUGAUUUGUUGCUUCCGGGAAGUAUUUAAAUUGUAUGAUUUGAAUAAAGUCCAGUACAAUGACUUGCUUAGUCACAAGUUCCUGCUUACAUUUGUACCCCUCAUACUAUAAAGACAGUUGCUGUGUCAAAUGGUUUGGGGCCAAGCUUUUGUUUAUUGUGCCAUACAAACUAAUUAAAAAUUGUGUCUGGGUGUUUGUCUACCACCUAAAAAGGGGUAGACGGAAAAGGAGACCCAGUAGAGGACGUACGUCAUGGACUUUGGUCGUGUGAACAUUGUAGUUUUUGUAUGCAUAAUUCAUGUUUGAUGUCGGGUCAGAUGUCAAAUCGAAAUCGAGGCAACCCUUACCCUAACCCUAACCCCCGACAUCAAACAUGAAUUAUGCAUACAAUGUUUUAUUCACACGACUGAAGUCCAUGACGUACGUCCUCUACUGGGUCUCCUUUUCCGUCUACCCUAAAAAGGGUCCCUAUUGUAGACAGCAGAAUAAU